CGUUUCAAAGAUCAAACAGGAAAUCCAGGGUACUGCUGUAAACCUGCGAGAGUUUUCGUUAUAGAGCGCCAGUGCGGUUGGCUGUGAGGCAGUUUGCGGGAAGAUUUCAUGAAGCAGUCCUUUUACGAGAACUACGGUCUCUGCUUGCAUACACAUAGACCGCACGUCGCUUCGAUUUCGAAGGCAGGGGCUUCACCAUGCGGCAAGCUAUGAGGCUCCCGAUAUAUGUUGCGACGCUUCUCACUGUCGUUUCUGCCAUUGACAUCCCCGUGUUUACCAACUUCGUGACGACUGAGGUCGCCACAAUUUCGCACAGCUCAACAGUAAAGUUGAUCGGUUACCUGUGCGGCCAAGCCCGGGGGAACCAUGUGAACGUCUCAUUGGAGCUACCCCACAACCCUGACUGGAAUCCAUCAUUGGGGGUUCUGUAUUACUAUGUCGUGGAUUCACCCAGUAAGGGUGAGGCGGACGCCCUCUGCACCAACCUUCACCAGGGUGUGCCAGGGCCCUCCUGCAAUGUGAAAUCGUGGCCGUCUGUGGGUGAUUUGUACAUCACUGUUCACAGUGGACUUGCAGAUGCGGUGGCAUUCAGUGUUAUUGGCACGAGUUACACAAAACGUGAGGUGAAUCCAGGCGUUGGUGGAGAGCGAACCAGGAAGGUGUUUUCGCCACUGAAGCCGCCCACAGCUAAUCGUGUGCCGAGAUUGCCUCCUGGACAAGAGACCAAAGAAGGCCAGGUCAUUUACCUGGCAGAGUUCGUCACACUGAUGGGCCCGCAAGCCAUACCCCGGCUUCAGAAGGCCCAUCUCAACUUCACCUUUUGUCCGACCCCACGGAUGGGUCGCGGUACGUCAUCGAGGCCAGGGUCAUUAGUAUGGACAUGAAAAGUACUUGGAGCCAGUGCAUCUGUGACAAAUACCCGUUUGAGUUGAGUCAUCCUGAGAACAUCAUCGGUUGUAACAACACACCGCUACCCAUCAACACCGUGGUUACCGCAUGGGGGCAAUGGAAGCAGUUGUACGCCCUCGUUGUCUGCUUCGAUGGGCCUUAUGAUCCCAAGUCUCAUUCCUACGUUGGCCAAUUCGAAUUUACCGCGGUGGCAAUCAAAGUGUAAAGGUUUCUGAAGCUACAGCGAAUAGCAACGUCAGGCCCACAAAUCCUGCUGGAGUAACGAGACAGAGCAAUGUGUUAAAACCCUUCUCGAAUGAAAGUCGCUCUCUCGGCGAAUAAGUCAGUAGAACACUUAUGAGGCGAAUAAUUCAGUAGAACCAUUUCAAGCAGCAUAACUCGAGUGAAAAUGAUUGUGUGCAUGUAGUAACGAGUAAAAUUGCGCAACUCAAGAACAGCAAUUGGUGGCUUGAUUACUGUACUUCAGUCCUCGUCCAUUUAUCCGACCAUUAAUCCUUGUAACGGAUUUUGGCUUUUUUGCUCUCGCCACUGAGCAGAGAGCAAAUAUUAGCUAGAGCAACUCACUUGGAGCAACUCUGUUUUCGUAUCGAAUCAAGUUUCAUUUCACCUGCCGACUGUGAUGGUGUCACCUAACAGUUUCUGCAUUUUCUGUGUGCAUGUGCCUUCACAUUACCCAUUGUUGACAUCAAAGGAUGUUCUUGUAGGACCCAUCUCACAGCCGUAGAGAGAUGGGUUGGAUUAUGGGCUGCCUCAUGCCGACUCAUAUUAACACAAGCUUACAUGUUUGGCUAGUGUAUAUGUGCAGUUUCAAACCAAUUCGAUGUGGGAAUCUUGUUGUCAUGACCGGCAAAAGUUAUAGCAGUUUGGCUGACCCGUCUCAAUAAAGAAAAAAAAGAAAGGUUUUCACGAAAUCAGUUUCCCGAUUGUCAUCCUGGCAAUACUGGUGAAAACCUCCCAAAGGUUGAGCACAUAGUGACAAUAUCGUAAUGUCGGCAGAUUUCACCUUGGCUCGUUUAGGGUUAAAACACAUCAUUACGGUAAAUAUGGGUACACGGUUAGCCUCUCAACAGCCUAAGCCCAGCUUCAAUGAGCUACAAUAGGCACAGACGAAAACUGCCCACGAAAUUGGGGUUACCAGCCUAAACAAUACGGUGUUGUGGCCUCCACUGUCUGCGACUGGUUCCCUGCUUGAAAUGGUGUUGGUAUCACACGGUAUGCCCUGCCUGGGGGUGCACCCUUAUAAAUACAUUCCAACAGACACCAGUGAUAAAUUCCAACACUUUAAAAUUAUGUUAGAAAUACUUACAACUGUCACAGCUGUCCAGGCUGGACAGAAAGAUGAUGUUCGAUAUGUCCACUUAAUUUUCCUUCCAAGUUUUAGUAGGCUGGAUAAUGCAUUUUUGAGAAUUCUUCAGCCAAAGCAGACUACCCCAAAACUAAGUGAGAUUUCCCCUGCUCAGAAAAGUGGCCAUUUUGAAACUUCAUCCCUCUCGAAAACGGCUAAAUAGUGCUACUUUCGCAGCUAAUUACAUCCACAUUAUUCCGAAAUAGAAGUCCUAAGUCUAGGCUAGAGGCUUGGUGCCAUGUUUUUUUCAACUCCCCUAUUCUAUGGCUCUGAGAACCCUCUAAUACAGAAUACUUUGGGUGUGUGAUUUUUAUUAGUGAGCUAGGUGGACAUAUCUCUGGCCUACUUGCAGGCUGCACACUUAUUGGCUCAUACACUUGCAUUAUGUACGUCUGGAUAUGCGCAUGACAUUUUGCUCAGCGGACAUACCACCGCAUACAGUGCUGAACACUAUGUCUCUGCUUCUUCAUUGUAAACCAAAGUUCGUCAUUUUGUGCUCAAAAUGACAAACAGGUAGGUCGGAUCUCAGUAAUUUGUAAAAUCAGAACAGGACUGGUAUUUAGUCGACAGUGACUGACCUUGAUCAAAUUUGACUAAUAUGUGAAUUUUCUUCUACAAAUAAAUGCUAGUCAUUGGACUGUCUGAUUAAUUUGAAUUAGUCAUUGACCUUUUAUGUCAGACAUACAGCUGGACUAACUUUUAUCAGUCAAAAUGACUUAUAUUUGUUUACAGUGUUCGCAAACUCCCCCCUGUCUGCAACUCUUCAUGUCCGGCCUAUUCUUUCACCGCUGCUGCUAUAAUAAUAAAAAAGCAACAUGUUUACAAAAAUGGCUCCUAUAAUAAAGUUGAAUGAAAUGAAAUGAAA